UAUGCGGGGGGUCCAGGGUUUAGAAGGAGCUGCCGCAGGACCCCGGGCUGUGACAGACCACAGUCCCUGAGCGGGGUCUGCCAGUCCACUCUGGAACCAGGUGCCGGCCCCGGUCCCAGUGGCUGGAAACGGUGGAACCCAGGCCUGAGGAGCCAUGUGCUGGCUGCGGGCCUGGGGCCAAAUUCUCCUGCCAGUUUUCCUCUCUCUCCUUCUCAUCCAACUUCUUAUCAACUUCUCAGAGAAGGGUUUUUCUCAAAUCUCCAGACACAGGGGCAAGCAGAGACCAAAAUCUGCGGAGAAUGAAGGAUGUGCAUUAAAGAAAAAUUGUAAAUUGUGCAUACAAGAUAGAAAAUGUUUUUGGUGCAGUGGAGAAAACAUUUGCAAAAAGUUUUGUUUUACAUAUAUGGGGUGUCAGAUAAGUUCGAUAUUUUGGUUAAGCUGUAAAGUUGACAUGUUUGGAUUCCUGAUGCUUCUGCUCAUUGCAAUAUUAAUUAUAAUAUUCAUUUGGUAUUGCUGCAUCUUUCACUAUUACCUGCAGGAGUAUGUUCAUUUCAUCCUUAUGCUUUUAGGAGACCCCCGGGUUUCAAUUUUCAACAGGGAUAUAAUGAUGAAGCAUAGAUAACUGAAAAGAUAGAUCUUCCAGAGAGAGAAGAAGAAAGUUUCUAUAAUGGCUUGCUUCAGGAUUUUAAUCAUCCUUACAGCCUCUUUGAGAAUGAUUGAACUUCCAAAUUCCCUUAAGUUAAAAAUUU